AUGGAAGCCCCUUCUGGCCACGAUACAGUUAAGCCAUCUGCCGUUCUUCAUGAGCCUGCAUGCAACAAUGUAAUAGUAUCCUGCCAACAGAGUCAUCCCGGCCCUGUAUCCGGUGGUUUGGAAGGGGCCUUCCAGCCUGCUAUCUCAGGCAAGUAUCUGUGCAUUCCCGACUUCUCUCGCCCUGAUGUUUGUCGAAAUUUCAGACGCACUGUGGACAGCAUCCUGGAAGAUCCCGUCGAGUCUUCAGCUAGUUCCUCUCUGACUGUCGCCAAAGGUUCCAGCCGUAACGUCACCUCUCCUACACCGGCCGAAAUUCCUCAUCCCGAUAGGCCAAUAUCAACUUCAUGCAUGUCGAGUGCAACCGAGGAAUCACUGCUGUUAUACUACCAGAAUGCCUGCGGGAUGAAUACUGUCAUCGACGAUUAUCUUCUCGCCAUCUCAGAAGGUUUCUACGACGUCAUCGCGUUAACGGAGACCUGGCUCGACGACCGCACUCUACAGUCUCAACUCUUGGGACAUGAAUACGAAGGCUUCCGCUGCGACCGCGGUCCUCACAAUAGCUCGAAAAAAACCGGCGGAGGGGUGCUCGUUGCUGUUCGCCGUAGCCUGAAAGCAUCCAGAGUCAACGACGUAGCUUGGAACAACAUUGAGCAAGUCUGGGUAUCUAUAAAGUUGAAGGACCGUAACUUAUAUCUUUGCACCAUUUAUAUUCCACCCGAUCGUACUCGUGACAAAACGCUGAUCGAGUCCCAUCUCAAUUCAGUGUUGAUGAUAGCUGCGAAAGCAAAACCGCGCGAUGAAAUAGUCAUUAUCGGCGAUUUUAAUUUUCCUAACAUUUGCUGGCGCGCCUUUCGGAACGGCUUUACCUACCCGGAUCCUGACCAUUCUUCAUUUCACACCUGCGCUCUCGACCUGCUCGACGGCUACAGCUGCUCAAAUCUGAUUCAGAUCAACUGCAACGCGAAUGAAAAUGGACGCUGUUUAGAUUUAUGCUUCGUUUCCGCCAGUGAAUCUGCUCCUCGGUUGACGAUUGCUCCCGUCCCUCUAGUCAAGCUCGUACCUCACCAUCCUCCACUGGUUCUCUCCCUCCACAACUCUCAAAGACCUGACUACCACGAAACACCUCCUCCAUCUAGUUACAAUUUCCGUCAAGCCGACUACAACGGACUUUUGCUUGCAUUACAAAACUUCAACUGGUCGAUAGUCUUACUUCAACACGACAUUAAUAUUGCAGUCAGCGAAUUCUCCUUGCUAAUGAACCAGCUAAUCGAGCGCUUUGUGCCUAAAUCACGGAGCACGCCUUCUAAACAUCCUCCAUGGCAAACACCGGAAUUACGUCGACUAAAAACUGUAAAAAGGGGUAUUUUCCGGAAACUUUCCGCGAACAGGAAUCUUCACCUACGCGAACAUUAUCAACAUUUGAACCAUGCAUAUAGACGUCUUAGUCGCCGCUGUCACCGCAAUUACACGAGACGUAUGGAAGCUAAACUGAAAUCCGACCCCAAGCGAUUUUGGAAAUUUGUCAACCAGCAACGUAAAGAAUCCAGUCUACCGACUACCCUAGAGUUUGCCGGGGAGACGGCAGAUAAUACUCCCGCAAUCUGUAGACUUUUUGCAACGAAAUUCUCUAGCGUCUUUUGUAAUGAAACACUUACUUCAAGUCAAAUCGACACUGCUGCUAACAAUGUUAUUCCACCGGUCGCGCAAUCUCAUCUAUUGAUUUCGACGACCGUGUUGUACUCUCUGCAACUGCCAAAAUGA